AUGUUGGAUCAGGCCCAGUUCUAGACACUUCGGAGAUAGUUUUCUCAGUGUCGUAGUAAUCAGGAAGAAGCUGGAGAAACGAAAACCCUCGGAUUUCCUCUGAUUCGUGAAUCGUGUUUAAGCUCUUAGCUCGACGCUGCCUCCGUGAGCUCUCUCUCUCUCUGCUCUGCUGUAACUGCAACCAUGUCGACUAUUAUGCAGAAGAUCAAAGAAAUCGAAGAUGAGAUGGCUAGGACUCAGAAGAACAAAGCCACCGCUCAUCAUCUGGGUUUGUUGAAGGCCAAACUUGCCAAGCUAAGAAGAGACCUUCUUGCACCACCUACUAAAGGUGGUGGUGCUGCUGCUGGCGAAGGUUUUGAUGUCACCAAAAGUGGAGAUUCUAGAGUUGGACUUGUUGGUUUUCCUUCCGUUGGAAAAUCCACGCUCUUGAAUAAGCUCACUGGAACGUUUUCCGAGGUUGCUUCUUAUGAGUUCACAACUUUGACAUGCAUUCCCGGUGUUAUUACAUACCGUGGAGCUAAAAUUCAGUUAUUGGAUCUUCCUGGUAUUAUUGAGGGUGCUAAAGACGGAAAAGGUAGAGGACGACAGGUUAUAAGUACUGCUAGGACUUGCAACUGCAUCAUAAUUGUUCUUGAUGCCAUAAAGCCAAUAACUCACAAGCGUCUCAUUGAAAAGGAGCUUGAAGGAUUCGGAAUCAGGUUGAACAAGGAGCCACCUAAUCUGACAUUCAGGAAAAAAGACAAAGGUGGUAUCAAUCUAACGUCUACAGUCACUGCGACCCACCUUGACCUCGACACUGUCAAGGCGAUUUGCAGUGAAUACAGGAUGCACAACGCUGACAUCACUCUGCGCUACGAUGCAACCGCUGAUGACCUCAUCGAUGUUAUCGAGGGCAGUCGGAUCUACAUGCCCUGUAUCUAUGCCGUCAACAAGAUCGAUCAAAUCACUCUCGAGGAACUUGAGAUUUUGGACAAACUUCCUCAUUACUGUCCUAUCAGUGCGCAUCUGGAGUGGAAUCUUGAUGGUCUGCUCGAUAAGAUAUGGGAGUACUUGGAUCUAACUCGAAUCUACACCAAACCAAAGGCAAUGAAUCCGGAUUAUGAUGACCCUGUCAUCUUAUCUUCCAAGAAGAGAACAGUUGAGGACUUCUGCAUCCGGAUUCACAAAGACAUGCUUAAGCAAUUCAAGUACGCUUUAGUAUGGGGUUCGAGUGCAAAGCAUAAGCCACAAAGAGUUGGAAGGGAACACGAGCUCGAGGAUGAGGAUGUUGUUCAGAUCGUUAAAAAGAUAUGAUAUCUCUACACAUGGAAGAAGUGGCUGGAUUGGUUGACAUUAAAAUGGCAAUUUAAAGAUUGUGACAUUGACACGUACGUGGCAACACUUUAGAGUUCGAAGAGUGGAUUAUUUAAGAGAACUUAUUAGAAAAACGAACUCAAUUGCGGUGACUAGGACCAGUGAUCUUUGAUGCACUUCUCGAAUGGUCUAUUCUAUCCUUUAUUUUAUGUGAAACUGAUAAGAGUAUGCUUAUAUCCAUUUGUUUAAGCCCAGAUUAUGGAGGAUCCUUUAGAUAUUCUC